GUGCGCUAUACCACGAUACAUCACGAUGGAGGGCCUCUUCUACAACGUCAAGUACGGCUACAUCGAGGGCAUCGUGCGCGGCUAUCGCAAUGCACUGCUCACCAGCCAGAACUACAGCAACCUGACGCAGUGCGAAACCAUCGACGACGUCAAGCUGCAGCUGUCCCCCGCAUAUGGCGACUUCCUCGCAUCUCUCCCUCCGAACCCGUCCACCUCUGCGCUCGCUAGCAAGACGACCGACAAGCUUGUCGCCGAGUUCCGCUAUGUUCAGGCCAACGCCACCGGCUCGCUCGCCAUGUUCAUGGAGUACUUGACCUACGGCUACAUGAUUGACAAUGUGGCGCUUCUUAUCACGGGCACACUGCACGAGCGAGAUACGCGCGAGCUGCUCGAGCGCUGCCAUCCGCUUGGCUGGUUUGAAACCAUGCCUGUGCUUUGCGUCGCGACCAACAUCGAGGAGCUGUAUAACUCCGUCUUGAUCGAGACCCCGCUGGCCGCCUACUUUAAAGGUUCUCUGAGUCACCAGGACCUGGAUGAGCUCAACAUUGAGAUCAUCCGCAACACUCUUUACAAGAACUACCUCGAAGACUUCUACAGCUGGGUCAACUCGGCAAACGAUAUCGCUGGAACGCCAACAGCCGAGGUUAUGUCGGAGGUGCUCGAGUUUGAGGCUGACCGGAGAAGCAUCAACAUCACCCUCAACUCGUUUGGCACGGAGCUGUCAAAGGCGGACCGGAAGAAGCUAUACCCAACCUUUGGCAGGCUGCACCCGGAGGGCACGCUGCUGCUGUCAAAGGCUGAUGACGUUGAGGGAGUACGCAUUGCCGUGGAGGGUGUUUCAGAAUACAAGACCUUCUUCGAACAGACCGGCCUCAGCGGUGGCGGAGGUGUUGGCAACAUGGCGGGCGGCGUCGGCGGCGAGUCGCGCAGCCUGGAAGAUCUGUUCUAUCAGAAAGAGAUGGAGAUCUCCAAACUGGCAUUUACCCGACAGUUCUCGCACUCUAUUGUGUACGCGUGGGUCAAGCUGCGAGAACAGGAAAUCCGCAACAUCACUUGGAUAGCCGAGUGCAUUGCUCAGAACCAGAAAGAACGGAUUGGCAACUACAUCAGUGUGUUUUAGCAUUAGCUCCGGUGUCUACUGCGGUAAUCUUGGACGAUCUUCGGUGCAUGGCGACUUUUGGGCGGCGUAGACGGUGGGUUGUAUACACUAUUUUGCUUCAAUGUUAUGAGUUCCAGUCAUGCCCCAUGUAUCAGCCUGGGAUGGACCUGCCGCCAUCUCGUGCCUGCGCAGCCUUGCAUAGCAUGAACGAGGAACAGAUACCAUCACUUUUGAGAUCCGACAUAUACAUUUGUUUCGUCUUCACGACGUACACUUACGCACCAACUGUAGAG